UUCCAAAGACUAUCUAGCAGUAGUUACUUGCUUUAAUCCACUUACAAACUGGAUUAUAGUGUCUCUGUAGAACCACUGACAACUACUUCGUAUGAGUAGAACACAGAGAAAUCUAUGCACAUUUAACUUGGAAGUCCUACUGUAGCCACUGGGCGUUAUUCAUGAAUUACUAAAUAUUGUAAAAAUGUACUAAACAACAUAAAAUUGUUUAGCAUGCACCAUCAUUUAUUUUAAUUUCCUAGUUUAUAUUUUUGCAUAUAAAAUAUGGAAGUUUUCACAGCAUAAAGUUCCCUGUUGGUUUUAUCUCCUGCCACACACAGUCCUGAUAUCAAUUAUAUUGUCCCUUGUGACAAGUCACCCAAUUUCAGGAGUCAAGGAGCAACUUUCCCUGACUGGAUACCCUCCAACUAUGUCGACUGCAACUCCAGUUAUCUCCAGCCAGCAUGAAACAUAUCGUCUGGGGAUUAUGGGAAUUCGAAUCCAAUCUAUCUUGAUGGUACCAGAUUAGUAAGAAACGAUAAUGAUUAUCUACUGCCAAGAGAAAGCAGACAAGACUGUACCUUUUCUUGGUCCAAUUUCCCUUGGCCAAAUUGCACAUGCUUUUUAAGUUCACAAAAGGUCACAGUCAAGUCAAAGUUUGACAUUUCUCCCUCUGGCAUUUGCAAAAGCAGACUCCGCUUUGCAAACAAAAAUGGCAGAAUCCAAACUGGAAAGUGCCAAUGCAAAUGAUUCCAAAGAUUCAGACCAAAGGGGGUCCCCUGCUUUGGAUAAAAUGUGGAGUGAUAAUUAUAGAUGAGAAAAGAGCCUGGUCAGCAGCUGCUGCUUGCAUUUGUUCCCUGUUGCAACUGACAGCACUAGAGAACUUGGCAAAAACAGGCUUCCAGAAGUGGAAAGACACGUUAGCCCCUGUGCUUGUCAGUCCAGUCCGGUGAGGGCUCCGGCAGGCAAUGAAAGCCGCAGUCUGCCAGGUGCUGGAAGGAAAGAGGCAAACCAAGUGACCUGGGUGUGCUCUCACUCAGGGAACACAGAAGAAAGGGCCCAAGUCAUCAUUCUUGUGCUAUAGGUGGCCUAUCCAGCACAAUAGCAGAAACAAGCAGCAGAGAUGACGGUUACGUACUCCAGCAGAGUUGCAAAUGCCACUUUCUUUGGGUUCCACAGACUGCUUCUCAAAUGGAAAGGAAGCAUCUACAAACUGCUUUACAGAGAAUUUCUUCUCUUUGCUAGCCUUUACACUGCAAUCAGUGUGUUAUAUAGAUUUUUCCUUACAGGAAGCCAAAAACGUUACUUUGAAAAACUGUCAAUUUACUGUGACAAAUAUGCGGAGCAGAUCCCAGUGACAUUUGUGCUUGGGUUCUAUGUUACUUUAGUAGUGAAUCGUUGGUGGAACCAAUUUGUCAACCUUCCAUGGCCAGAUAGAAUUAUGUUCUUGAUCUCCAGUACCGUCCAGGGAAGAGAUGAAUAUGGGCGCUUGCUCAGGAGAACACUAAUGCGCUAUGUGAAUUUAACAUCCGUCCUCAUCUUUCGUUCGGUGAGCACAGCCGUCUAUAAAAGAUUUCCAACCAUGGACCAUGUGGUAGAAGGAGGUUUUAUGACACAAGAGGAAAGGAGAGUAUUUGAUGAACUUAAGUCUCCUCAUUUGAAAUACUGGAUCCCCUUUGUCUGGUUUGGAAAUUUGGCAGCAAAAGCACGUCAAGAUGGGAGGAUUAGAGACAGUGUAGAUUUACAAACACUGAUGAAUGAGAUGAAUAGGUAUCGAUCCUGGUGCAGUUUGCUCUUUGGUUAUGACUGGGUUGGAAUUCCACUGGUAUACACACAGGUUGUCACUCUUGCUGUCUAUACUUUCUUCUUCACAUGCCUGAUAGGACGUCAGUUUUUGGACCCCGACCAAAACUAUCAAGGUCACGAUUUGGAUCUUUACGUUCCUAUCUUCACAUUGCUACAGUUUUUCUUCUAUGCAGGAUGGCUUAAGGUUGCUGAACAGCUUAUCAACCCAUUUGGGGAAGAUGACGAUGAUUUUGAAACAAACUGGUGCAUUGAUAGGAAUCUGCAGGUGUCACUUCUGGCAGUUGAUGAAAUGCACAUGAAUUUACCACGAAUGAAAAAGGAUAUUUACUGGGAUGAUUUAUCAGCUCGCCCACCAUAUACAUUGGCAGCAGCGGAUUCCUGCAUCCCAUCUUUCCUUGGAUCAACUAUUGAAAUGGGCCUAGCAGAUAGCCAAUUCCUGCAUGGAGAAAACUGGCACCGGGAUUGUGAUAAGCCCAGAAGGCAGCAUUCGGUACUGAGAAGAAUGAAGCGAUUUCUAAGUGUCCGUGAAGAGUCCUCUGUCCCGACUAGGAGUUAUCAAAGACAAUCCAGUGAAAACUCUGUUUUUUUCCCAUCUCACGAAAUGCACCACAUUGGCAAUUUAUUAGAAAUCCAUUCCAGAGGAAGACAUUUUGCCUCCAAUGAAAGGAAAAACUACGAAGGUCACGAGAAGAGUAUGAAGGGACAUGGGAGUAUGGAUCUUGGGAUUAUAAGAGAAACCAGCAAGAAUGAUGCUCUAGAGACAGGUUGCCAAUCCAUUGGGAAGGAGAACAUAAUCAAAAUGGAUCCCAUGGUAUCUGAAAAAACUGUUUUUGAAUCUGAGAGCAGAGAAGGCAGAACGGAUGCAGAAGCAAACACCAGAGCAGCUCCCACCCUGACAGAGGACGAUUCUGGGAGUCAAAGUGGGUCACAGACUGACUCUGAGGGACUCGGGCUGGCUCCCAAUCCAUCACAAAACAGUCCUACACAUCCACCAAGAUUGCCUUCAAAAGCAGAACCACCUCACAUGGAAUCCAGGCUGCAGGAUUCAUCUAUGAGGAACCAAGUGGGAAAGCAACCUUAUUCAUCUCAAAGUAUAUCUGACAGUCCAUUAUGGAGAUUCCCAGAUGCUGUCACUCAACCUGUGGUGCUCACCACAGAAACGGUUCCUCUCCUAUCAGAAUCUUCUAAAAUGUCUUCUGGAGAAAGCAACCUGAGUACCCCAAGCACUCCUGUUUCUGCUUCUCUAAAUACAUUUGACAUAAACUACUUCCUAGGGCAGGUUGAUGCUAAAGAAACAGAUAUCCUUCAUAUAGUUGAGGGUAGCAAUAGCAAAAGUAAAGGACACCUCUGAGAGAUGAAAGAGCAUCAUUGUGUUUUGCUCCUGACUCCUACAACUCACAGAAGUUUUAUUGAUUUUUGACUCAGAACAAAGGUUUGCAAGCUACCCUAGGACAUUGCCCACCAAAUGCUCUGGAUGCCUUAAUUUUUAUAAAGCAGUUCAAAUAUUUAAACCUACCUUAUGUUUCUUC